GAAUUGUUCCUGAGAGAUUUAAGCUGGCAAAAGUAAUACUUGUAUUCAAGAAAGGUCUGUCUACUAAUUUAAAUAAUUAUCGACCUAUUUCUCUUCUGUCGGUUUUUAAUAAACUUCUAGAAAAACUAAUGUUUAAUAGAUUAAUAGUCUUUCUUAACAAAAAUAGUAUUCUUUACAACAAGCAGUUUGGAUUUCGUACAGGAUAUUCGACUGAUUCUGCGAUUUUGUGUAUUGUUGAUAAAAUUCAAAAAGCAAUUGAAGAGUGCCAAUUUUCAUGUGGUGUAUUUUUGGAUUUCAGUAAGGCAUUCGAUACAGUUAAUCAUGAAAUUUUGAUUAUGAAACUUGAGCAUUAUGGAAUUAGAGGGAUAGCAAAAGAUUGGCUUGCUUCCUAUCUUAGUAAUCGAAAACAAUUUGUCUUUUUGAAUAAUGUAUCAUCAGAUCAACUAACACUAUCUUGUGGUAUCCCCCAAGGAUCGGUACUGGGACCAUUGCUGUUCCUGCUAUAUGUAAAUGAUUUCAAUUGUUGCUCAAAACUUUUAGAUUUUCAUUUAUUUGCAGACGAUUCAAAUAUUUUCUAUAAACACAAAAACUUGCUUACAUUACAAAAUGACUUGAAUAAUGAGCUAAAUAAUGUACACAUAUGGUUGUGCUCAAAUCGCAUUUCUCUGAAUAUUGAAAAGUCAAAUUUUGUUAUUUUCCAUCCUCCACAAAAGAAAAUAUCCUUAAAUUUCAAAUUAUAUUUGAAUGGAAAAGAACUAAAACAAGAACUUUGUAUUAAAUAUUUGGGAAUCUAUAUAGAUUCUAAUCUUAACUGGAAAAGUCAAACAAUUUACAUUGCAAAAAAAAUUAAAAGAAGUAUUGGGAUCCUUUCCAAAUUACGCUACCAUGUUUGUGAGCAAAUUCUUGUAAAUCUUUAUUAUGCAUUGAUUUACCCGUUCUUGAUUUAUGGAAUAACUAUUUGGGGUAAUACAUACCCCUCUACUCUACAACACUUGUAUAUCUUACAAAAAAAAGCUAUACGAAUAAUUACAUUUGCAAAAUACGAGGAACACUCAAGUCCCUUAUUUAAAAGAUUGAAUAUCAUGAAAUUGCCUGAUCUUGUUUCUUUCCAUCUUGCCAAAUUUAUGUACAAAUUCCAUAACAACUUAUUACCGGUGGCCUUUGGUCAGUUUUAUAUUCCGGUCCAUGAGGCUUCUAAUUAUAGUACAAGACUUGCCGUUAAACAAUCAUACUAUUUACCAAAAACUAAAACCAAUUAUGGUAUCUUUAAUAUAAGAUUCCAAGGUGUUAAAAUCUGGAAUUCUCUAGACGAGAAUGUCAAAUCUCUCUCUCUCUUGCAAUUCAAAAAGAGAAUAAAAAUUGAAAUGAUCCAGAAAUAUUGAGAAUUGUAACAAGAAUUAACUUUAUUAUUUGAUGUAAAAAUGAACAUUGUAAUGAGGUUAUUUUGCGUGCAGCUCUCUCCAACGUAUAUAUCCUACUGGAGACAGCUGUUCUGUGAGCUAGUUUUAUAUUUAUAUUUUCCCCAGUCCUUAUUGGCUGCACCCUCUUUCUAGCCCUUAUGGUUAUUUUGUGCAGCCAGUGCUCUAACUUAUAUAUACAACAUAUGUAAACAACUAAUUUUCUUUCCUUCUUGUGAGUACGAAUAAAACAUUAUUACAAGUCUAUUUUUACCGUUUGACAUUCGUUUAUUUGUUCAAAUUGUUUUUAGCAUAAUGCUGAUUGGCUAAUGCGCCGUUUGUUGAUUUUUUUCAAUUUUUGUUGUGCAAUGUGAUUGGUACGAUUAGUGUUCUCUAAGUGGCCCACUUACUGUAGACACACUGUAAUAUGGCGUUCUCUAAGUGGCCCACUUACUGUAGACACAUAUGUAAUAUGAAGUGUUUGUCAAUCAAAACAUGCAAAUCUCAAUGAUUUUAUUGCUGGGGAAGAUCGUUAUGACUGAUAUGAAUCACUACUAAAAAUAAAUGAAAAGUGAAAUUUUUAAUGAAUUUUGUGGACCUUGACAAUACAUGCACCAACCACUCGCUCUUUCUUAACAGAGGACCGGAAGUACGAGUUCGAAAGCUAAUUGAAUACAGCUGAAGAGGAUAUUUGAAUUUAGUGUUGAUGGACAAUUUAAUUUUAAUUUUUGAUGUGAACUUUCAACUCAACGGAUUAAAAUUUGACGCUACCUGCGUACCCAUAUUUGGAGGUUGAUUCCAAGUGUCCUGACUCCUGGACUUCAAUACGACAAACGUUGGACUUUGAUUUGCAAAAUCGAAAUAAUAUUUUCCUGACACAUGAUAUUCAUUGUGAAUUUUACUUGAAAUUAUCAAUAUUUCAUGCAAAAAAUGUUGUUUUGAGAAACGUUGGAAAUUUUGAAGUUCAUAUAUAUAUAUUAAUAAAAUGUAAGAGUAUGUCAGCAGACGAUGACAUAUUCCUCGCGGAAGCAUCGCCAAUAGCCGACCGAUGUUGAUGUUGAUGGAAAUGGGCUGGAGACGAGGAUUUGGGUGAUGGGUCAUUGCAAAUAUUGUUCGAUGAAUACAAGGCAAGAUGUUCAUUUGUUAGGAGUAUUGGCACAUCUGUGAGAUUGAAUUGGACAUUUAAAGAUAUAGACAAAGUGCAAAGUGACCUACAGCAUGAUUUAGAUUUUCUAAAAACUGGUUCCAAAACUGCCAACUUAGCAUACACUAAAGCAGUUAAAGAGGGUAAGACAAUCGAGAAAUCAAUGAUGGAAUUAGCUUGGGCUGCUACUGGAUUUGAUGAUCUUAUUAAGAAACUUGAAAGUCUACGCAGGGAUUUGGAUGCAUUUGUUGGUGGUGAUGAAGAUGUUCAUUUAUGUGCAAUCAAGUUGGAGCUUCUUAAUUACCUCAAAGGACUAUUUUCUAAGAAACGAGUAGCUGCGACUCAUUUACUGGUAUUUAUGAUUGCAGAUGAGCUGAGAAAUCGCAAGCCAUAUGCCAUCCCCAUACGCUUCAUGCCAUAUAUGUCACUAACCGAUGGCAAAUUAAGUGAGCUUGAAAUUCAGUUAGAAGAUGCUAUGAGAAGUAAAGGGAUGAUAGUUGUAGGUGUGUGGUGAAUUUCUCUAUAAUCCUUUGUCUUAGUUUGACUAAGUGGUUGAUAACCUCAACACCAAAUUAAUACAGCUGCAGUGAAAUUUUUUAAAUAUUUUUGAGUGAAAUAAUGGAAUUAUCGUGCAAAAGAAAGUAUUUCAUUGUUUAAUAUUUCACUGAAAGAGAUUUUAAAAUUUGCUAAUGCUGCCGUUUCCUAAACAAGCAUUUUAUUGUAUCUGACCAAACCAUCCUGAAAUUGCUGUAUAUGCAAUGAAUAUAAGCCCCCCUGAAUAUAAUCCCCGUGUAUAACCCUACCACAUGUACUAAUGCUCACCUCAUUCCAAAUAUAAGCCCACCUAAAUAUAAACACACCCGAAUAUAAGCCCAAUGCUGAGAAAUGCUGAAUUGUGUACUUGCAUAUUUAUCGAUUUGAGUAUGAUUUUUUUGUCCAGGUUUCACAACAGACGGGGAAUUUAAUUCUUUGCGAACAAUGGGAAUUACACGUCCAAUAUCUGUAAUUGAACUUAUAAAGAGUGCAAAAAAACAAGCAAGGAGUAUUCAUGUGAAGACCAUAUUUACAUACUUUAAACUGGAUGGAAAAGGUGCAAAUUGAAUUGAUUCUCAUUUCAAUUUUAUUCACGCCUUUUAGCGUAGAGUAGAGUAGAGUUUCUGUUUAUAUUUCCAGUCGAAAACAGCUGUAGCUAUUUAUUUUUUAAUAGGUAAUCCAAUUUGUUCACAUGCAGCUGUUACCCUGUCAGAGGUCCUAUGGCUGAAUGAAUUCAUAUCUGAACGUGAAGAAGAUCCAGAGUUAUUUGAAAAUGCUGUUCGCAUGUUAUAAGGAAAUUAUUCCCAUUUAUGCACGAUCCACACCCUUGGGUGCAAGGUAGAGUUACCGUGUUUUUUUUUAUACACACUGUAAUUAGUUUUCUGAGGUGGUUGGUAUUUGUCGCUUCUGAUGUUAUCAUAAGCAAUUGUUAUACCGCAGACCUAACCGGAAACAUUGUAAGAAAUGCAACUUAAGUCCUCCGGUGGGAAUUGAACCAAUGCAGACUAGGUAUUUUAUUCUGUCUAAUGCCAGCCAAUUUUACCUGCCACUGAACCAACAUGUGUUGUCGUAUUUUGAUAGGGAGACCUGAAACAACUGGAGAGAUCGUGAAAUCUAUUAUGGCUAUUUUAAUCUAUCGGAAAAGUAUUGAUGAUCUCAAGAAUCAUGCCAGUGAUCCUGCUAAUUUUGCUGACCACCUAUACCAGCCAGAGAAAGAUGCAAAUGGCGAGAGAGUACAUCAUCGUGAGGAUCACAACCAUCUGCUGAAGCGCAUAGUUUCAAGGCUUCGACAAGGGCAUAUCCCAGGCUUAGACCUACGACACCUCAGAGAUGCCCUACAUGAUCCUUCAACCGGUUUGACAUACGAGGCACUAACAGGAAAGAACAAGCAGUCUGUGCCAGAUUGUGAGCGUCUCAUAAAUCCUGGUGUUAUUUCUUUCCUGGAACGGAAAUGUCACACGACUGAUGCAUGCAUCAUAAAGCGUCUACACAACUGGCACAAAGCAGUGGAUGGACGGGGGUUAUCAGAAAUGCAGAGGUCUUCGUUUUUCAUGGUUUUCAUGGUCUAUAAUCAAUUAGCCUUUCUCACGCCGUCAUUUUUGGGUGGCAUUUCUGCCAAAGUCAGUGAGAUACGUGGACAUAACAGUGGCUUCUUAAAAUUUUUUGGACGAAUGAUGGUAGAUUUGCUUUGUAAAUGGUUAGUUUAUUUUGAAAAAGUGCUUUUCACAUUGUUUUGAUUGUCUGCAUUGGUUAAAGAGAAUUAGAUGCCACCAAAAAUGGCGGAUGUUCGUCUUCGUGAGAAAGGCUAAUUUUUUGUUUUAGAGAAAAAAGAUUCACUGCGUAAUAUGCUGUUUAAUAUUUAUAACUAGGAGAAUUAAAGGCAUAUGUGGUCUGACUCAAGAGAUUAUAAUUGGCCUUGUAGCCAAUCUGGAGAGUAGAGAGCAGCGGCGUGUAGAGUAUGAAGAUCGAGGUCUUCCCCCAGAGCACCAUCGGGCAUCAGGGUCAGAUGAUGUUGAAGGAAUUAUUGGUCUCAUGCACGAGAUGCUUGGUGACAUACUCGACAUGAAACAAUUCAUUGCUGCCAAAAGGAAAAUUUUUAAUGAAUUCACAAAGCGAAUUGACCCGGAUUUAAAAUUCUUCUAUUGGUCUGGAACCAAGGAACGGUACACAGAUUUCGAAUUGCCCUCAUUUAAUCAGCCAUCCAAUGGAACUGGCAAAGAGAGACUAGACGAUGUAAACCUGUCACGACGAGGUGACCCAGGGGUGUUCGUAGCGAACAGGGUAUUCUUGCCGCAAAGGGGACAGCUCACGGCAAGGGCAAAGUUUCAUCGGGAUCCUGUGGAACUGCCACCAGUGCAGCGGUUAACUUAA